AUGGCUUCUAGACUCGAUCAAGCACUUGAUGAAGUUAUCAAGGACAGAAGAAGUGAGAGAUCUGGUGGUGAAAGAAGAAAUAACAACAGAGGCAACAGAAAUGGAGGCGACUUUACUCGUAGACGUCAAGUCGAUAGCGACAAUGUUAUUCGUAAAAGAUUAGGUCCUUCUGAUACAAUCAAGUCUUUUGUUCGCACUGUUAAUGUUCAAAGCGAUAGCAGAGGCAGCAGAAAUGUAAACAGUACUUGGGCUCAUGAUAUGUUUGAUGACGAAAUUCCUCCCAUCAUCUCUAGACUUGGUGGACGCGGAUCUUCUAACGGUAGUAACAGAGGUUCAAUAAUCAAUGUUGAAAAUCUUCAUUAUAAUGUCACUGAAAAGGAUCUUGAAGAGUUGUUCUCUACCGUUGCUGACGUAGUUUCCGCCAAACUCGUGUUUGAUCUCUCUGGUCGUUCAACAGGUGUCGCCACUAUCAAGUAUAGCUCUCUUGACGAUGCCGAAAAGGCCGUGAAAAAAUACAACAAUGUUGAACUCGAUGGCCAAGCGAUGCGCAUUGAAAUAAAGGAAUUCACGUCUCGUCCACCUCGAGUUUCUGGCGGCCGCUUCAACAAUAACCGCCUCGAUUCAAGACGUAAUGAUAGAGGAAAUCGUAACGACAGAGGACGUAAUGACAGAGCUAGAGACAGUAGAGAUAGUCGCAAUAAUGAUCGCGGAGGUCGUGACAGUCGUGAUAACGAUCGUGGGGGUCGUUCAAGAAAUAACAACAAGAGAGACGACCGUUCAAAGCAAACAAAGACUGCUGAAGAUUUGGAUAGGGAAAUGGACAGUUAUAUGAAAUCAACUGCUAACAAUGAAGAUACUGAUAUGAUUUUGGACUAA